AGAGGAUGUGUUGAAAGACAGGAGGAGGAUGAGGAUUCGAAAGCGGGGGGCAACACAAACAAGAGAGCUGUGACUGAUUGUGUGUGUAGUAGAGGAGAGUAUAUUUUACAGAGCAGGACCGCGCUGUAUGUUGCUGGGAACUGGAAACAUUUCUUGCCUGGAUGGACUGUUAGCAUCUUUUGAUGCUGUCCCCGGAUCAUGAGAGAAGCGCUGACAAUGAGAUUCGCCUGGAAAGAUAAAAUGCUCAUUAUGGCUCUCCCACAGAGCUCGGUGCAGGACCGGGGGGAGGAGGUGGAGGAGGGGGCCAUAUACAAUGUGACACUGAAGAGGUGCCAGAUCCAGCAGGCUGCCAACAAGGGAGCAAGAUGGCUGGGGGCGGAGGGGGACCGGCUGCCUCCCGGCCACACUGUGAGCCAGUUGGAAACCUAUAAGAUCCGGAGUAUUCGGGCGGGAACGCUGGAACGUCUGGUGGAGACCCUGCUGACUGCGUUUGGGGACAAUGACCUCACCUACACCAACAUCUUCCUGUCCACAUACCGCACCUUCGCCAGCACGCACACUGUGCUGCAGCUGCUGCUAGACAAGUAUGGAAUUCCAGAGGAUAGAGAAGGACAGAUUGAGCGAUGUAGACCCUUUGAAACCAAAGGAGCCAUUCGAAUUGCCCUGGCCUCCAUCCUGCGAGUCUGGCUGGACCAGUGUCCAGAGGACUUCCAGGAGCCUCCAUCCUACCCCUGCCUCCACAGGGUGAUGGCCUACCUACAGAGGGCCCUGCCUGGAUCGGAGCCCAUGCGUAAAGCCCAGAGUCUACUGGAGCAGCUGAAGGCUGAGGCCAGUCUGGAUGUAGACUCAGAGGGUUUUUCUGGUGGUUUCCACGGCAACAGCUCCUUCUGCUUGGCUGAGGAUGAGGGAGUAGAGAUUGAGGUCCAGGAAGGCUUCCUGUCAUUUGAUGCAGACUUGGUGGCCGAUCAGCUGACCUAUAUGGAUGCGUUGUUGUUCAAGAAGGUGAUUCCUCACCACUGCCUGGGCUCCAUCUGGUCCCAGAGGGAUAAGAAACAGAACAAGCACAGUGCUCCCACCAUCCGUGCCACCAUCACCCAGUUCAACGCUGUGGCAGCAUGUGUGGUCAGAACCAUACUGCACCGACAACAGAUCCGCCCACACCUCAGGGCACGGGUCAUCAAGCGCUGGAUAGACAUCGCUCAGGAGUGUCGCAUGCUUAAGAACUUCUCGUCGCUGCGUGCCAUUGUGUCUGCUCUGCAGUCCAACCCACUCUACAGACUGAAGAGGGCCUGGUCCUGGGUGCCCAAAGACAGCAUGUCUACGUUUGAAGAGCUAUCAGACAUCUUCUCAGAUCACAACAACUACCUGACCAGCCGAGAGCUGCUGAUGAGGGAGGGCACCUCUAAGUUUGCCAAUCUGGAAGGCUGUGCUAAGGAGCACCAGAAACGCGCUCACAAACGACUCCAGCUGCAGAAGGAAAUGUGUGCCAUGCAGGGGACGAUACCUUACCUGGGCACCUUCCUGACAGACCUGACCAUGUUAGAUACUGCCCGGUCAGACCUAGUAGAGGGGGGGCUAAUCAACUUUGAGAAGAGGCGAAGGGAGUUUGAGGUGAUAGCUCAGAUCAAGCUGCUGCAGUCUGCGUGUAACAGCUACUGUCUUAGUGCUGAUGAUGCCUUCCUGCGCUGGUUCAAGAACCAGCCUCAACACAGCGAGGAGGAGAGCCAUGCUAUGUCUUGUGACAUUGAAGGAGUGGGAGACAGCAGUCCAACCUUACCCAAACUUCGCAAGAGCAUGGUUAAGAGACUCAGUCUACUGUUCCAAGGAGCAGACUCAGCAGGCUGUUCCCCAGUGAGGGAAACACCUCGGUCGCCCCCUACUGGCAGCUCAGGGGAGAGCAUGGACUCAGUCAGUGUGUCGUCCAGUGACUCCAGCCCUUCAGACAGCGAGGGCCUAGGCAUGACACCUAAACACACUUCAGAUGCACAGCAGAACAAGGUGUCCGAGUCUUGCUAUUGCAUUUCUCUCCACUCCAUGGACACUACCUUGUCCUCAGCCAGUGUUCCUGUGACCCCGGCCUCACCCUUCCUCCCUGGCCCACUCUGCAUGCACCAUCGCUUGGACUCCCUGACACCCAUGUCCCCCUCCUCUCCCCUGCCCCCUGCCUACAACACCCAGGCUCAGGACGCCUGCAUCAUCAGAGUCAGCCUGGAGCAGGGCAAUGGCAACCUCUACAAGAGCAUCAUGUUGACGAGUCAGGAUAAGACUCCAGCAGUGAUCUCUAGAGCCGUGGCCAAACACAACCUGGAGAGUGAGCCUGGGGAGGGAUACGAGCUGGUGCAGGUCAUCUCUGACGAAAGAGAGCUGGUGAUUCCUGACAACGCCAAUGUGUUUUACGCCAUGAACACCUCAGCCAACUUUGACUUCCUGCUGCGUGUGCGAGGCACUGCUGGGCGGUCGGUCCAACUGAGGAGUCGCUACGCCUCCACAUUCCCCCGCGCCCAGCAGCGCUCCAGCCUGUCGCUGCGCCUCAGCAAGGUCACCCUGUGACCCCCAGGGGCACUAUGCCUGGAGGGAACCAUUUUAUUUUUUGUCAUUUAGCAGACACUCUUAUCCAGAGUGACUUACAGUAGUGAGUGCAUACAUUUUCGGACAUCCGACUGGAUGGGCUGGGAGUGGUGGUGGGAGACUGAAAAGGACCAGACAUGGGGGAACGAAUUGAAGUCAAUGAGUUUAGACUCUGAAUUCUCUAUUCCAACAUCCCCUUUCCCUAAUCAGACCCCCAUCUCUUAGUGCUCCCUCUCCCAGCAUCCCUUUCAGUAGCAGCCUGUGGCCUUCCCUUUCUGGCACUUCCCCCAAACCCCUAUGGACUAUUAUGGCUGUGUAGUGGGACAGUGGUGCCAUAUAGAUGUCUGUGGCAGAGCGAGACAGUCGUCGUCCCUCCUCUCCACAUGAAGAGGUUUUGCACAGGUAGGAAGAGUGACUCCAGCCCCCAUCAGUAUUGAGCUUUUUUAUCGACUCUUUUCUUUCCUGUGGAGCCUGUAUGUUUCCUAUUAGAGGGAGAUGGGAGCCUGGACAGAGAGCGAGACUGAGAUGUCCUGUUGCCUUUAUUAACGGUGAUGAAUGAUCGGCUCCUGUGUCAGUGUUAAUCUGUGUGAUUGAUUGACAGGAGCUGUGUGAUGCCUUCUUUGUUUCCAUUAUUUCAUAGUGUGCACUGUGUGUACCUCGCGGGACUGCACCUCUCAUUGUUAGCUGUGUGAUGAAUGCCAGUAUAGAGGCAUUCUGAUAGGUUACUACUUGGUUUUAACAAGUUUUUGUCCUUUUGAUAUUGUUUAGCUGUCCUAUCUCACCUUUAGGGUGUGGUGACAAAUAGGAUGGGUCUAUGUGAGGCCCGGAUUGCGCUGCCUGACGCAGUGAUUAGCAGUCCUAAUAGAGAUGCACUUGUUAGUGGCUAGGUGAUGUCAAGAGGUGGGAAGUAGGUGGAAUGAGUGACAUUGACAUUUUAGUCAUUUAGUAGAUGCUCUUAUCCAGAGAAAUGUACAGUAAGUGCAUUCAUCUUAAAGAUAGCUAGGUGGGACAACCACAUAUCACAGUCAUAGUAAGUACAUUUUUCCUGUAUAAAGUAGCUAUCAGAAAAGUCAGAGCAAGUGGGGGGGAGUGUUAGUUUAUGAAAGGUAAUAUAUUGUGGGGGAGGGGGAUUAUUUAAGAUACUCUUUGAAGAGGUAGGGUUUUAGAUGUUUUUGGAAGAUGGGCAGGGACUCUGCUGUCCUAGCUUCAGGAGGAAGCUGGUUCAAACAUUGUGGUGCCAUUACAGAGAAGAGCUUGGACUGGAAUGAGCAGGAGCUGCCCUCCCGUAGGGGUGGGAGGGCCAAGAGACCAGAGAUGGUAGAACAGAGUACUUGGAUUGGGGUGUAGGUUUUGAGCAGAGCCUGAAGGUAGGGAGGGGUAGUUCCUCUUGCUGCUCCGUAGGCAAGUAUCAUGGGCUUGUAGUGGAUGCGAGCUUUGACUGGCAGCCAGUGGAGCGUGCGGACAUGGGAAGAUUGAACACCAGGCAGGCUGCAGGAUUCUGGAUAAGUUGCAGGGGUUUGAUGGCACAAGCAGAGAUCCCAGCCAACAGCGAGAUGCAGGCAGGCCUUCUCUGGGAGGAAGAGCAGCUCUGUCUUGUCGAGCUUGAGGUGGUGGUCUGACAUCCAUGCUGAGAUAUCUGCCAGGCACGCAGAGAUGCGUGUCGCCACAUGGGUGUCACAAGGGGGAAGUAGAAAAAUUGUUGAGUGUCAUCCGCAUAGCAAUGAUAGGAGAGACCAUGUGAGGAUAUGACAGAGCUGAGUGACUUGGUGUAAAAAGAAAAGAGAGGGCCUAGAACUGAGC